AUGGAGUCGCGGCCGGGCGGGACGAACCUGGUGGAGCCCAGAGGGCAGGGCGCCGCGCUGCCGUCCGGUGGCCCGGCGGUGCAGCCGUGGUGGACGAGCUCCGGGGCCGUGCUCGGUGCAGUGUCUCCAGCCGUUGUGGCGCCCGGGAGCGGGGCCGGGAUUAGCCUGUCGAGCAGCCCGGCAGGUGGUAGUGGUGGUGGCGGCGCGGCUAAAGGAGCCCCGAGUGACGAGAGCAGCGAGGAUUCACGGAGAUCUGGGGAACCAAAAGAUGGAAGCGCUGGUCAAGAAAAGAACCAUGCAACAUCGCAGAUACCUGCUUUGGUGCCAGAGUAUUUGGCACCAUACUCACAGCUGGAACUGAACCAAUCAAUUGCUUCUGCAGCAUAUCAGUACCCAGAUCCUUACUAUGCAGGCAUGGUUGCUCCCUAUGGAAGUCAAGCUGUGGCUCAUUUUCAGCUACCUGGACUAACUCAAUCUCGAAUGCCAUUACCUCUUGAAGUAUCCGAGGAGCCUGUUUAUGUAAAUGCCAAGCAGUACCAUGGUAUUUUAAGACGACGGCAGUCACGUGCCAAGGCUGAACUUGAGAAAAAGGUGGUGAAAGCCAGAAAGCCAUAUCUUCAUGAGUCUCGUCAUCAGCACGCGAUGAGGAGGGCAAGAGGAAAUGGGGGACGCUUCCUAAACACAAAGAAGAGUGACAAUGGUACUCCCAAUGGUAAAGCUGAACAUAAGAAAGGAGAUGACAACUCCGAGCAUCUCCAUGUCCCUCCUGACUUACUAGAGCUACGACAGAACGAGGCUUGA